AUGCGAAGCCUUGACCGGAACGCAUACCCUCCCUCGUCCUCCGACCCCCAGGGCGAACAGCUCGACCUUGAGGGACGGGCGUCUUGUUUGCCGGCAGGAAGCUGGAGUGUGGUGUGCAGGAGACACGGCCCUUCUGCCCGCCUGGCCGGCCUCAGCCGCACGGGGAGAAAUGAUGACGAGGACGCUCGUUCCGCCCAGGAGCUCGUCUCCAUAGCCUGGAAGCUACGAACCGUGAGCCUCAGGGCCGGCCCUCAGCAGCCCAGCGACAGGAAGCAGGAGCGAGUUCACCGUUUUAACUGUUCAGAGUGGAUGCCUCUGCUCCAGCGGAAUGUGACGGCCCGGUCUGCGCGUGAGACGAACUCAGAGGUGCUGUGGCCCUGGUGGGGUGGGGCUCCGGACAGGAAGCUGCCGAGCACGGGAACAGAUGCAGCAGUGCCCGCCGGCUCCACCUGCUGCCCGCGACGGGGGGAGAGCGACGGGGCAGAGGAGAAUCGUACGGAUGGGGACCCGGGUUACUUCCGGAACACGGCGCAGCUCAGCGCCAAUGGCGGGGGCCGGCGGGUGAUGGGGAAACAGACACUGCCCUUGGAACGGCCCCCAUCUUCAGGCUUGCCUCUCCAUCACCCCCUUAGUCAGCCCCAGAACACAGAGAUGCCUUCGGUUGGGGGCUGAAUCGUGUCACCCCAAAGAGACGUUGAAGUCCUCACCCCCGAGUGCCUCGGAAGAUGAGCUGCUUUGGACAGAGGCUCACUGCAGACGCACUCAGUUAAGACGAGGUCGCCCUGGAGUAGCGCCGGCCUGUAACCCAGCCUGGCCGGUGACCCCACGACAAGGGGAGACGUGGACACGGGCACACGUGAGGGGCGAUGCCGUGGGGUGGCAGAGGCAGGGACAGGAGCUGUGCCCAGCUGGGCUGCCAGGGGCCCCUCCC